GUAAAAUGUUAAUACAAGGGGCUAUUUUCAACUCCAAUUUAAACCUGAGGGAUUAGUUGUGUCUGAUUAAACACUUCUUUGCAAUACCAGAAGCAACAACGGCAAGAUCGCAAUCACUACCACCACCACAGCCGCCAUUGAAGGAAUCCACAUCCUGAAAUGGUGAACAAAGCAUGGAGGAUCAUCCCAAGACCAGUCAUGGAAACCGUCCUCAACAACCACGCUCACCGCCACCGUGUACACCAACCUCUCAUCCUCCACGGCCCACGUGGCGUCGGCAAAACCACACUCAUCCUUGAACGGCUUCUGGAGAACUGGAACAAGGGUCCUCAUGUCACAGGUUAUGUAGAUUUUGCAGAGUCUGUUAUAGAUAACCACCCGAGUCAUGGGCAUUCGUUUCCGUGGGGCUCGUGGACUAACUGCACACCACCGGCUCUCCCGACUCUUCGAACCCAGCUCGAGAACUGUUUGGAGUCAAUGGCGGAACAGGGUGUUCGACUCGGUGCGAUUGGCUCUCACCAGAUAUGCAAAACUAUGGGAAAAUGGCAUAAUUUGGAUACGUCGCUUAAGCGGAUAAUCGGAAGUGAUAACGGAGUGCGGGUUUCGAAGAGGGUUGUGUCGAAGAGGGGUUUGACGGUGGGUUUGUGGGAUAAGGCGGUGUGCACGCUAAGUGCUCGAUUAAAUGCCGGAGAGAUCGAUGGGGUUUUGGGGUUAGGUGAGAAGGGGGGAAUUGUGAGCGGUGAAGAGGGAUCGUAUUAUAGGGAGGGGUUGGUGGCUUUGAAGCUGGCUAAAGAGGUGAUCAGGGUUCAACAAGGGUUUAGGGCGAAUGCUGUUAAACGGUUGAAUAAGAGCGGUGAGUUUUCGAGGAGUUUGGCGAACUCGGCUACUGAUUGGCCGUAUUUGUUGCUGGAGUUGUUGUCUGAAGCUGCUCAAGCUGAUUACUUUCAGCCGAAGUUGGUAUUAAAUAAUAUCGAUGUCUUGAAAAGUGCUGCGUUGGUGGAUGAUUCAUCUGUCUCUGCAUCGAUGUAUCACGACAGUCUGAUCUGGAGAAUAAUAGCUUUAGGUGCAAACGAGACGUGUUUGCCGGUUAUUCUCGUAACUUCUGACAGCUAUUAUUCAUACUCAGCAUAUAUGGAUUUUGGAUUUCCGGACAUUUUCAUUUCUCGUGAAACAUUUGGAUGGACCCCACAACAAGCUAAAGUACAUAUGGUUCCAGAUUAUUUUAGCCAGUCAGAGUGGGAUUUAAUUGUCGAGGUGCUUGGGCCCAACGCGCGACAUCUUUUCGAGAUAUACGCUCUAAAACAGAGCAAUUAUUAUCGCGCGCUUAUGGAUGACAAAGAAAGUACAUUCGAGGAUAUCAUAGAUGCGUAUCUGGCAUAUUUGCAAGUAACUGUUGUGAAUCCUGCGAUGGAUAGAGCACUGUCACUCUUAGAAAAGUUUGCGGUUGAUGCUCUAAACGGGAAAAUUCCGAAAGAUAAAUUAAGAUUUGGUGCUCCUUGGAGACACCCGCCAAAGAAAGAUGAUCCUUGCCUGCGUUCCGAAUGGGCUAAACUUCAACUAAUGGAUUUCAUUCAAUGUCUAGUCAAUGCAGAGUUUGGGGUUAAUUAUUUUGCUGAUUGUAGUCUCGAAAUCUACGAUGAUCCUUCCGUUAACGCAAUGAUCGAGGUUGGUAUUCUCUAUGUUCAACGUGAUCCAUCCUUCUUUCGACCAAUAUCGCGGGCUAUUCAGAGAUGUCUAGUGAGAUGGCUUGUGCAGGAGAGGAUGCAAAUGAGCUUUAAAAGUUCACUUCUUUUUCAGUGGCACCGAGUGUUUAGAGGACGUAGCUAUCGUCAUCUCAUGUUGCAAGUAGGCAAUAAAUAGAGAAGCUUCAACAGUGACCUCACGAGAACAAUUCCAUUGAUCCUUUUGUACAUCCAAAUCUGCCCGUUGACGGGGACAUAGAUUGUAACAUAUAAAACUGCAAGUCAUUCUGAAUGGCAGCUGCACUUAUAAUAGAUUCAGGGCUUUAGCACGGUGACGAGACACAGUGAUACCGGAUUUUUGUUAAAAGACCAUACAAGCAGUUAACAAAAGUUUAUUGGGCUUAUGCCAGUGUACCUACAGUUUUGAUCAAAACAAAUAAAGCUCAUAUUAGUACUCAAAUUGGAGUACACAUUGAAUAUGUUCCUUUUAAA